CCGUAUUGUUGGGUUGGUGCUUAGCUCACAUCAAGAUUGUGGAGUGUGAGAGAAAAAUUACAUAAAACACGACAAAGCUGUGCUGCUCCUCUUGUGUCGUUGUCGCCGUCGUCGUCGGUCGAAUUUUGUGGCCAUCAUUAUAUUUGCGCUAGUGAGCUCUGAAAAGUGAAGAUAAAAGUAAUGCCCUCGCAGUGAAAAAGAGCGUUGGAAUUUGGAACGAGGGAAAAAGCAAAGUGCCGUGUGGGCUGGAAAACCGCAGAACAUUUGGUGUGCGAUCGAUAGCAGGAGGCGUAUUUUUCCGGGAACCAGCCGUGAAUGGGGACAACACAUCCAGAACAGUGCUAGGAGGAAUAUAGAUUUUCCCACACGUCGAUGGUCUGCUGGUGGGACGAGAUCGGUAAAGAGUAGGAGUGAGCCCAAGGACCACUAGUACUAGUAGCAGGAGAAGAAAAAGCAGAGGAAAAAUGUUGGACUCCUGAUACCCGAUUUUCAAACGCGGCCCCUUUCGCUCUCUUGUGCUUAUUCUUCUUGUUGUUCCACCUGAAUCUCUGUUGUGUGAAAAAGGCAUCAUAGGACAGGAGCGCGAGGUCAGAGAAAGAGCCAACAUAGGAGGUUUCUUGUGCUAGAAAGGAGCAGCUUUUAAGGUUGAGAAGGGAAAAAAAACGCCAGCCUACCACCGCCAAACUGCUGAGGUGAAGGAAUUUUCUCAACAUAUAAAAAAAAUCCUUUCCCUGAUCCUGGCUAGCGUGAAGCUCAAAUGCAGUGACAGUCGCAUAAUCGUUUUCCUCAGUACUUUUUUUUCCAUUGCAUAUACCCUACUGCGAUAUUGACACGAACCUGCUGGGUGCUGGGUGGUCGAAAGGACAAUAGCGAGCAAGAAAAGGAUAACGAGGCUGUCGGCCAGGUUGACGGAGAGAGGGGAAAUAAAGUUCUCGUGUGCCAGUGAAACGUGAGAAAGGACAUUCCGAAAGUUGUGUCAAAAGGGUGAAGGAAUUUUCCAACUAACUUUUCACUGACGCAGAAGCGAAGCGAAAAACAGCAGAUAGUUUAAGAAGAUUAAAGUAAAUCUGUAAAAUAAUCGGAAGUAAGGUACACAGAUAAUCUCCACGGAACUGAGACUGAGCUGACAAAGUGAGCUGCUAGACAGAGAGCGAGUGCUGAAGAUUGUGCGGUGUUUUCCUCACGUCACGUCAGAUUGCGUUAUUCCUACCUACUCGGUGCGGAAGGAUUCACACUACUGGGACCAGCGCUGAGAGAGUGUGUGUGUGCGGUUCAAAUUUUCGGUGUCUGACAGCAGGCAAGCAUGCAGAGUGGAUAGUAAAAUCCGCUUCGGGUAUUUUUUUCGAACCAAGAUAGGCUAAAAAAAACUUACCAUAACGGCAAGGAAGAGGAAAACCUGGUGAAGAGUUAGUGCUAAGUGAGUUGGGAAGAAAGGAAAAAUUUGAUUUUUCUUCGAUUGAUCGGAGGGCUCAUACACAUACAAUCAGUGAAGAAGAUACCUAGUGUGAACCUUGUAUUUGAUUCUUUUUAUCGGUUGGUGCUGUGUACAGAGGAAAAGGGAGAAAAUCUACAUCCUUUCGAAAAUUCGGAUUAUGUUCGUUUUUGUGUAAGCUGUGGAUCAGAGGAAAAUUUUGUCAUAAUACGAAAAAAAAGCAAUAGGGUUUAAGGCAAAGUAGCAUAUAUCGUAGGAUCGAAAUCGAGAUUGUAUGUAAUUGUCCAUGCUUCCUAGAAUCUUCUGCUAGAGUAAUUCCUAAGGAGAGAAGUGCAGUUUUUUUAUUGAGUGUUCUAUUGCAACAACAGUCGAGGAAGAAUCCUUCGUGUUGGGGAAAGGUAUUUGCCUAUCGAGUGUGCCACUUGAAUCAAGUGUGUAAAUUUGCCUUCUUGAAGCUCUAGCGAAUAAUACGAGAUAAAUAAGAAAAGGUGCAGAACUGGUGAUUAUCAGAAGAAUAAAUAAACAGUCAAAGGCGAGUGGAUUAAGUAAUCGCACUUUCAAGUGAAUCUGGGAAGAAAAAGCUCGUCACGACGUCGACCAACAGCAGCAGCAAGGCACCACUGACAGCAGCAGGAGGGGUAGGAUCAGCAGCAGGACCAUCAACAUCAACGACAGGGGCAGGAGCGGGAGGAGGAGGAGGAGGACGUCGACGUUCCCGCAGUCAGGUACCGACCAAGAGUAGCGGAAGCGGAGGCGGCGGCGGCGGUGGUAGUGCCAGUGCUAGCCGGCGAAGCAGCAAAACGGAUUACCACGCUCGGCGAAGAAGUCCUCCUUCUUCGGUCACUGACGAUUCUUCCUCCUCGCUACUGCUGUCAGUGUCUGUCGGAGGUCGCACAGCGGGAGGUACGGCAGGCGCCAUUGAACGAGAGCGCGAAAGCGGAGGCGGCGGCGGAGGUUCGGCCACCAGUCAUCAGCACCAUCCACAUCCGCCUGACUCGUAUGAGAAGAGUCGCAACAUGGCUUCGUCCAAUCACCGUGGCAUACAGAUUGGCUCGGCUUGGUUCCAGCGGAAAAUCAAUCUGCGACCGCAGCACCGGGGUGUCCAUCUGGUGACCGAGGAAAUCCUGCGACAGAUGCCCGAGCUGGGACAAUUUUCGGUCGGACUGUGCCAUGUUCAAAUUCUACACACAUCGGCAAGUUUAGCGUUGAACGAAAGCUGGGAUCCGGACGUACGGGACGAUAUGGAAAUGAUGCUAAAUAAGAUUGUACCGGAAGGACUACCGUACCGACAUUCCUGCGAAGGUCCAGACGACAUGCCCGCCCACGUGAAAGCGUGUUUUCUCGGCAGCUCACUGACAAUCCCAAUUACCGAUGGUAAACUGUCUCUAGGCACGUGGCAGGGCGUGUGGCUUUGCGAGCACCGUGAUCACGCUGGCUCCCGCAAGCUGGUGAUAACGUUGUCCGGCUGCCCCCGGGACUCUGCCCGAAGUCCACUCUCGCCGGUAUCGCCAAUUGCGUCCACCUCCAGUUAGGGACGGCCACGCUCUGCUCGCGAUAGUCGGUAAUCGUGGGUUAGAGCGGUGCUCUGCUGUAAGUUUCAUACUAAUAAGGGUCAUAACACUAUUGGAGUAAGCUCUAAGAGACGGAGGUUAAAGAAGGGGAUGAUAACCUAUACAUAAUUAUGUUAAUUAUAAAGUGAUGGCAGAAAACCAGAAAUAAUUAAUGAAGGAAUGAACAAUUUGCCGCAGAUUUUAAUAAAUCAAUAAUGACGCAAAACGAAUACGGAGCAAGUCUAGGUAAGACAGAAAACUUACUAAUAAAUCUAACGAGUAACUUAGAUACAUGAACCGGGGAGCGAAGGAAACAUCAAAAAAGAAUAUUUAAUUUACAAUUUAUAUGAGGUAAUAGAUACUUAGAUAUAAAAAAAAUAGAAAUCGCUAAACAAAUUUCAUAUGAAAGAAAAAAACGCAAUGAUAAUAGCAUUUAAGAUGUCUACAUGGAAGUUAAAGAAAAUGAAGAGGAAAACUCGGAAAAGAAAUAAUUUUUACCAGCAGAAUUAGGAACAAAGAAUACUAGGUUUUUACUUUUAUGAUUUUUAAUUCGUCAGGAAUCGCAACAUGAGACAACUAGUAAAACUAAUGAAUAGCUGAAAUACCAAACCCAAGGUUAGAUGUAGAUACGUAAUGUUUUGUUUUGCUUUAUUUCACAGAUUUUUUGUUACGUUCAUUUCAGUCCGACGGUAUUACAAAGGGUACUUAUGAUAUGCACAAACUGUAACCCUGAAUAUUGUUCCCCGAAGUUCGAAUCCACGGGAAGUGGUAGGUUACCAAAUGCCAGUAGCUUUAGCGCCUCCUUCAAAAUGAAGGGCCACUGGUACUGUCGUAAGUCCGGCCAGAGACUCUAAAUCAGGGCAGGUUUUUUUUCCCUAGACACUUCCACCCACAUUCUAACCCCGAAAACCAAUUUCACAGGAAACCAAAUUCGAUUAAAAAUUAGCUAACUAAAGAAUCAAAGCUGUUCUAAAACUUUUAAAACUGAAAAUUCGAGCCCUUUCAAUAAGUUUUGUUUAAAUCAAGCAAAAAGCAAAGGCAGAAACUAUUAACCUACGGGUAUCUAACAACUAGUAUAUUUACAAAGUUUUCAACUUUUUCCUCUAAUUUUCAGAACUCAUUGAAUGCGAACAAAAGGAACGUUAUUACUUUGGCUGGCAUAAUGGCGUUGCCGCAUGAGGUUGUUCGGACUGUGGUUGGAAUUGUCGUAAUCUAGUGUGGCCGCACAGCGGAUUCGAUGGGUAAAUUUUCACCCGGAAUCAAAAUGCGGUGGUUACGAUGCUGAUUGCCACCUAAGUAGCGACAACCGAGUGUGUCUACGGCGAAUUUGACACUCCAGACUAGCACCCACGUUGAAUGGUAAAAGCCACCUCUUAGUCCAGCCGUUUUCUCUUCACAUUUUUUUGACUUAAUUCCACAAUGAAAAGCACUUACAGACUAUCAACCAUUAAGCGUUUUAUAAAAAAAAUAACACAAUCGAAUCUAGGUUUGCUUAACUUCAAUCGACCUUACUUCGCCAGCGGUUUCCACCUGAACCCGAUCAGCUAUCGUUUUGUGCCUUUUUAUUUUUGUUUAAAUAUGUUUUUUCACACAUACAUUGAAACACAAAAUGAAAGGAUAUAAUCAUUAAAAUGACAAUACAUAUAAAAGAGCAGCUCUUACAGAAUAUGUAUUUAUUUUCCAAUUGUAGGAUAUUCUCAUCUGGAGUUAAGUCCUGGAUGUAGUUGCCUCUAACUUGAACCAUCCUGUUGUUCCGUACACGAUCCCAUUUGUUUCGGAGAUGCUCUGAUCCAUUCUUUCCUUAUACACAAGCAGUUGACCGAUUAGUGCUGCUUCCUUGUCCGUCACUACAGCAACGCUCAAUCUUACUAAAACCGUGAAACCCGUACGAACAACAUCGCGCAAUGCUACCGGACGCAUUGUCUGAGCUCCGAUUACGAGUCUACAUUCAACCGCCUUAUACAAUUGGCCUUCAGCAACAUAUUCAGAGCUUCUUCGGGUCCUAGACGUAUCUUGCCGAAGAUAUAUUUGAGGAUACCAGUAUUUUCUCUCCACAUUUCGGUCACAGAAUAACUUGGAUGUUGCUCCUUCCACAGCUUUCAUCGUGAAAUGGUGCUAAUGAUGAUGAUGAUCUCACCUCUUACCCCUACAAAGAUUUGAGCUGGACGAUUUAUCUUUAAGAUAAUUAAAUAUAACAUUUUAACAAGGUUAGCAAACAAAAUCGAACGGGUUACAGUUACAGAUAUGAAUUCUCUCUAGAGUUUACAGUUGCUAAAUUAUCAUCACCCAUACGAUUGUACAGGUGCCACGUAGCCUUUGCUGACCAACCAAGUUUUAGCACUCCUUCUUUGACCUGUUCUACCUUAAGAGUUGCUCCCAAGACUUGAACUGGAGAGGCAUUCUCGUUCACGGUAUACUUGCGAGAAGGAGGCUUUGUACGACUGUCUCACAACACCAAAGCAAGCUAUGUCCAUAACAGGCUUCACUAACCCUUUCAUUUUUCCGCGGUCAAGCUUGUAUGGUGGAUCAUAACCACCUGUUCCCUAAUUAUUACUUUCGAUGAGUAAUAAGGUCCUCAACAACGGUGUCAAAUUCAGGGCUGUUACAAGAUCUUUAAAAUUUGAUCCGCGAAAUCCGCGACUUCAAAUACUAAUCCGCGACAGACUAAAAACUGUUUUCAUUGCUUGUAAAUACCAUUUGCAUUACUACUACAUGGUCUUUCAAGCUUAUUGCUUAUAGCAUAUUAGUUGUUUGCUUGCUCUCAACUUAGUGUUUUGAAGCGCUUCAACAUUUUAACCGAGAGCUUUCUAUGCCUGUGCAAUCCUAUGCCCAAG